AUGAGAUUCUUUUUGGUGACAGUGGGCGGGACUUCCUGUGUUGGACCCUGUGUUUAUUUUUUUGCAGAGCCAAAAUAUCGUCCAGAGAGGUCUCCCUUUCAUAGUACAUCUUUCACCAUGCCAGACCUCUCAGUGAUUCGAAGCUGCUUCCUGAGUUGCUUAUUAGUGCUUCUCCAAACAUCAGGCUCCCAGCAGGAGGAGCACAACCAGCUGCUCCUGGUGUCUUUUGAUGGUUUCCGCUGGGACUAUAUCAACCGAGUACCUACACCCAAUUUCCACGCCCUGAUGGAUGAGGGUGUGCAGGUGGAGAAAGUGGAGAACACCUACAUCACCAAGACCUACCCCAACCACUACACCUUAGUGACAGGUUUACACGCUGAAAGCCAUGGUGUGGUGGCAAACGAAAUGUACGACCCCAUUCACAACCGUUCAUUUUCCAUGGACAGUCCUGAAGUGUAUGAUGCGUGGUGGUGGGAGGAGGCGGAGCCGUUGUGGGUGACCAAUCAAAAGGCGGGAUGGAAGAGCGGAGCUGCCAUGUGGCCUGGAUCUGAUGUGGCCAUUGGUGGAACAUUCCCAACGCAUUACUUGAGGUAUAACGCAUCAAUGCUUUUUGAGACCCGAGUCCAGAAACUCAUCGAUUGGUUUUCAGGACCGGAGUCUAUCAAUUUCGGGGUCUUAUAUUGGGAGGAGCCAGAUGAGAGUGGGCAUAAUUUGGGUCCUGAGAGCCCACUCAUGGAUGUAGUCAUCGCAGACAUUGACGAGAAGCUGGGAUUCCUCAGGGAGAAGCUCAAAAGCACUGGACUUUAUGACAAAAUCAAUCUGAUCGUGACGAGUGAUCAUGGAAUGACGCAGUUAUCGCAUGAUAAGAUUAUUGAGCUGGACACAUACGUUAGCCGAGAUCUUUACACGUGGAUCGACAAGAGCCCAGUGGUUGGCAUUUUACCCAAAGAAGGCAAACUCGAAGAGGUCUACAGUUUAUUAAAGAAUGCAAACCCUAACAUGGUCGUGUACAAAAAGGAGGAAAUCCCAGGUCAUUACCACUACAGACACAACGCCAGAAUCAUGCCUCUCAUCAUAGAGGUCAGAGAGGGAUGGACCGUCAUGCAGAACAGGAACGGAUCUUUUAUGUUGGGAAACCAUGGUUACAACAACAGCCUUCCCAGCAUGCACCCAGUGUUUGUCGCCCGCGGACCUGCUUUCCGCCGUGACUACACCAAAACCUCCAUGCGCUCGGUCGACCUCUAUCCUCUCAUGUGCAGCAUUCUCGCUCUCAAGCCCUUGCCCAACAAUGGCUCUUUGUCCAGCGUUCAGGAUCUGUUAGUGGAAACCUCCACCCCACAGCCCACAGUAACGCCAGUUCCCAGAGAGCCAAUGGUACCGCCAGUUCCCAAAGAGCCUUCCUACGCCUGGGCUGUGGGCUCCAUUCUGGGUGCUGGCCUGGUAAUUGGGUUCCUCUUCAUCUUCGUUCAGCAGGUGACACAAAGGCAGCUCCCGCCAUUGCAUCUGUCCAAUAGUGAGAUCACGCAGCCCUUACUGUAGGCUCAAGCACACACUUUACUCACCAGGGUUCUCCGGUAUGUAGCACUGAGCUUUUCUCAAGUGAUACAGAUCUUUUUUCAGUCUAAAAUCAUUCUGAUGACACUUUUUAAGCAGAAAAGCAUGGUCGCUUGAAGUCAGAAGCGAUCAGUUUCCACGGUACCAUGCCAAAGUCAAAUAUACCAAAAGCAAUAUGGGGAACGAUGCUACAGUGGAGAAAGGCUGUGCAAUUAUAUAUAAAUAUAUACUGUUAGUUCACCCAAAAAUGAAAAUUGGAUGUAAUUUAUGCACCAUCAGGGCUUUUAAGAUUAAGAUUGAAGGAGGUUUUUGGUUGAAACUGUGGUCCUUGGUGAUUCUAGUUCAGUGUUUCUCAACCAUGUUCCUGGAGAACCACCAGCUCUGCGUGUUUUGGAUGUCUUCUUUGUCUGUCACAAUCAUUACAGGUCUUUUAGUCUCUGCUAAUGAGCUGUUGAUCUGAAUCAGGUGUGUUUGGUUAGGGAGACAUGGAAAUGUGCAGAGCUGGUGGCCUUCCAGGAACAUGGUUGAGAAACACAGUUCUAGUUGAUAUAAAUAUAUACCGACACUUUUAGGAGUCAAAAACAAAACAAAAUAUAUAUAUACAGCAAACGCUAAAUGACAUUUGUGUAUCGUGUACGUCAGUGUAUUGUCUGGAGCCACAGGAGUUUCAAAACACUGCUUUAUGAAGCUACGAAACAUUUACAAAUCUAUUUUUUUUUUUCAGAUCAGUGGUUUGGAGGACAUAUCAAAUAAUCACGUGAUCAAAAUCAUGGGAUUUCAGUAAACGGGGAUUUGUUGUUUCGUAACUUUUUUCGAACAUUUUGAAAAUAGUAUGGUUCUCGGUUGGAGGAUUACUAAGCUCGCUCCCUAGUGGCGGAUAAUUACGGAGACCCAGCAGGGACAUCAUGAUGGGGAAAAAAUGUGUGUGAGAAGAAAAAGUGAUAGGAAAAUAUAUAUUUUUUAAGUUCCCUCACAAAGAUUCUUUACAUUCCCUCGCAAAACACUUUCUGUUUUUUUUUUCUACAAACACUUCCUGUUCACUUCAUACAUGUCAACCCUCCCGUUUUUGCUGAGAUUCUCCUGUAUUUGACCAUUCUAUCCUGCUAUCAUCCUAUCAUUAAGUAUUUUCCUAUGUUUCUCAUGUAUUUGUAAUCUUGAAGGCAUGCUGAAAUUAAUAUAAAAAUGUCUGCAUUCACUUUCUUCCAUUAAAGUUCUGCGUCAAUCAUCGCCCUUCCUUUGCAACCUCUGAAUCAGUGAAUGCAUGUAUAAGCGCUGACUGAAGUACGCGCUCCGUAUGAUAAACUUAUCCCAGAUCAGCUUCUGUACACGCCAUUUAAAGUGACACCUCUGUUAUCAAACAAGUGAAGAGCAGCAAAUGGAUUUCUCUUUUGUUUUGUUUGAUAGAUCUAUAAUGAAAGCCUUCGAUUACUUUAGUAACUGUUUGAGCUCGUUUAAGAGAAGUUAGUUGUGUUUAAAACAAACCAAGCAGGACGGACAUGUUUACAUAUUAUUAAGUGUAUAUAUCUGUUUGAACACACACACCCGAGUCCCAAAGUGUCCUGCACUUUAGCUCCUUUUUAAAUGGCGUGUACAGAAGCUGAUCAUGUUUGUCCUUUCAGUCCCUUCUGGGUCUCCAUAAAUAAUAGCUUUUACCUGAUCUCGGAUCAGUUUUCAGAGUUAUUAGACAUUCUAAUAAAGCAUUUAUAAAAUUAAAAGGAUUUAGUGAGAAAAUGAAAAUAAUAUUAGUUAAUAGUCUCUUGUUGGUUUCCAAGUGAUGGGUUGCAGCUGGAAGGGCAUCCACUGCAUAAAACAUGUGCUGCAUAAGUUGGCGGUUCAUUCCACUGUGGUGACCCCUGAUUAAUAAAGGGACUAAGCUGAAAAGAAAAUGGAUGAAUAAGUCUCUUGUUGGCCUGUUUAGCAGAGCUCACAAUGGAACAAGCAUAAGCCUGGAAAUUGAUAACAGAACACAUAGUAUGCAGACACUUAAUAUUUAGUGACAUUAGAUGUUACGCUAAGUGCAGUUAUAGGUUAUACUUUCAAUUUAAUGACUACAGUGUGUUUGAAAAAGCCCAUUUUAAAGCAUGUUUUGGCUGUUUUUGUUGUAUUUACAUGGUUUUGACCAGCAGGGCUUCCUAGCUUCGACACAUUUAUUCUUUCAUUUUCCUUCGGCUUAGCCCCUUAUUUUUCAGGGAUCGCCACAAUUGAAUUAACUGAGAACUAUUCCGACAUAUGUUUUACGCAGCGGAUGCCCUUCCGGCCACAACCCAGUACUGAGAAAGCUUCAGUAAAUCAUUUUAUAAAGUAGUUUGUUUAGUUGUUUCAAAGCUAGCAAAAGCUUAAUUUCUCCCAUCACCAGCCACCGGUAUUAAAGCCUGUGUUCACCAGAAGAUGCUGAGACUUCUUCAGUAUGUUGAUGUUACUCCAACUGAAACAGAAUAUUAAAUAAGGGGCGGGGCUUUCUUUUAUCGCAUCACCCCCUCGUUUCAAACUAAUACUAAAAGGGGCGUGGUUAAGAAUAUUGUGGCUGAAGCUGUGAAACUGACAUCAACAGAGAAGGACCGCCACUCCAAAAGCUGAAGCAAAUGGUCAGAUUUUGACUCAAGAUUGUCAAAACAAACAUUUUUUUUCACUGUGGAUUAACUUCCACGGAUGAAUUGUUCACCUAAAUAACAACAAUGUGUGCUAAAACAAUAAACAUUGUAAAUUUUGAUUUCACACAGACUUUAUUUAGUUUUAGCUGUACAUCUUCUCGACACUUAAAGUGCUGGUAAACACUGACUUACAUUUUAUAAAUAGGACCACAGUUUCAUCUUAAUUGUACUUUGAUGUUGUACUGAAGCCAUGAAAAAGUGACAUCAUGGCCUUAGAUGGAGUAAAUUAACAGCAGAAUUUCAUUUUUGGUUGAACUAUCCCUUUAAAAUCAAAACUGACUAAGCCAAUAGUGCCCUCUUCUGGUAAAAUUGUCAGUGAUACCUUUAUGCUUGUCAUCUGAAAUCAAGUAUUUGAAGAGACGUUAGCAUCCCCAUGCUUUUCCUUUCAAUUUGAAUCUGAUAUUUAUUUCGCAAAUAAGAUUUGCCCUAAUCUCAUCAAUCUGCAUUCAUUGCAGGAAUAUUCUGAGUUCACAUCAAUAGCGUUUGCGGCGUAAUGUUGAUUAUCACAAAAUGUGUUCAUGAAAAAAUCGUGGAAACUCCUACAAUGCAAGGAAAUUAUAAUCAAAUCAAAUAAAAAUGAACCAAUAAGUUUAUAUUAAAGACUGUUUUUUAAGUCUGAUUUGUAAAAAAUUCUCAGUUUUAUAAAUUUGUUCUCAUGACGAUGGGCAAGAAACUAAAAAUAUACCGCUUAAAUAAUAUGGACAUCUCAGCUUUACAUUUCUGAUAUUAAACCGUAUGAAAAUAGAAUUUUUUCU